GAUUUAGGUACGCCCCUGCGUUGCCCCUGCGCCGAUUUUACCUGGGCCCGUAAGGUUGGUCUGCUCAGCGCCCGAUUACGACGCAAACGUUCGUGCAUCAACGCCAAUUUUGGAAAACAUCGGAAUGUUUGUCGAGCGUGCUGUCCCGCUGGAACGCGUACAUGUCGCUGCGAAGUGCGCGCCGGUGCACCCACACUCGGCACCCUCGCGACAAGGCUCGUCUUCGCAACGUUCGCGUUCCCAUUGUUGGGUAUUUUGGCCUCGACGAUUCGGAGCACUCUCACGCUGCGGCCUCGGCGGGCGUCGUCCCAGGACACGCUCAUCGGCCGCACACUCCCACGCUGUGUGGUUCGCGCUUCGCAGUGCCAGUUCGGAGUCACGGUGGACGGGUUUGCCACCCUGGCAGGGGAAUGGAUGAUCGAAGCGUGCUAUGUAUACCAAUAUGUGGACGGUGGAUCGAACCCCAUUCUGUGAAGUGGACGAAUGGGGCUGGCGAACCACUCGCCCACGGAUGGGUAGGUUCUCGCCGGGAUAAAUGCCAACGUGGCGCACGCUUUUCAGGCAGUCGGUGCGAGGCGCUUUGUGGACGGUGUCUUGACAACCGCCGCUGCCGCGAAUGGAGAGAAGCGGUGACCGGUGAAGUAGCACGAGCGGUCCACGUCCGAGGUUCAUGCAUGUGGCGGGUCGUCCGGGAAUCAAGCAUCACGCAUCAUGCAUUGCGCAACUUGACUGUCCAUAGUAACUAUGUGCGGCUCAGACAGUGACCGUCGCUCGGCCGCUGUUCGCGGUCGCCCUACUCGCUACCGACGGCAUCCAUCGAG